UGGCAAGGGCAAUAUAGUCUUUUGAAAAUUGACUGCAAAUUUGAGCGCUAAUGAAAAGGUAGUUGCCAACGCCCGCCCAAAUGGCUCCCAAAAUUUUCGGGCCUGCAAUCAGAGCUUCUUGGAAAAUUUUGCACUAACCAGGCAAAUGCUCUCGUUAACGUGCUUCUCACUGAAUAAUACUCUGUUGAUACAGCCUUCACUUCUCGCUAUUCAACCACUACAAUCCCCAAAAACAAGAAGCAAUAGCCAUGGAAGCUCGGAUGUCGACUUGUCGGGUACUCAAUUGGCAACACAUUUCGUUGAUUCUGGUGUGCUUGCACUUUGGCUUCGGUCAUGUUACAGAGCAAAGGAAGUUAAGAGAAUACACGCGGUUGCUUUGAAAUGCUUGAGGAACUCGGUCACGUAUGUUAAUAACAAUAUGAUUAGUGCGUACUUGAAAUUAGGGCAAUUAAUUGAGGCGCGAAAGGUGUUUGAUGGAAUGCCGGAGCGAAAUGUUGUUAGUUGGACGGCUAUGAUUAACGGUUACAUUAGUUUUGGUUUAGAUGAUGAGGCCUUGAGGUUGUUUAGUGACUUUAUAGAGAAUGGGGUUGUAGCAAACAGCAGGACGCUUGUGUGUGUAUUAAAUUUAUGUAGUAAAAGAUUAGAUUUUGAGUUAGGGAGGCAACUCCAUGCUCGUGUUGUAAAGGGUAAUUGGAGGAACUUAAUUCUGGAUAGUGCCGUUGUUUCUUUCUAUGCCCAAUGCGGUGAGUUAACAGGCGCAUGCAAUGCAUUUGAUCAGAUGGCGGAAAGGGAUGUGGUUUGUUGGACAACUAUGAUUACUGCUUUCUCCCAACAAGGGCACGAAGAGGAGGCUUUUGGGAUGCUCUCACAAAUGUUGGCUGAGGGAUUUUUGCCUAAUGAGUUUACAGCAUGUGCUGUCCUAAAGGCUUGCGGAGAGAAGAAGGCAUUGAGGUUUGGGAAACAGCUACAUGGUGCCAUAGUUAAGAAGAUGUAUAAAGAUGAUGUUUUUAUAGGGUCCUCCUUGGUGGACAUGUAUGCAAAAUGUGGGGAGAUUUUAGAUUCUAGAAAAGUGUUUAAUAGAAUGAGGAAGAGAAAUACAGUUACGUGGACUUCCAUUAUAGCAGGUUAUGCGAGGAAGGGGCUUGGUGAGGAGGCCAUAAGUCUCUUUCAAGUGAUGAAACAACGGAGGGUAAUUUCUAAUAACUUAACCGUUGUGAGCAUUCUCAAGGCUUGUGGCUCAAUCAGGGCCUUGCUAACAGGGCAAGAAGUUCAUGCACAAAUUAUCAAGAACAGGAUUCAAUCAAAUGAGUACAUAGGAAGCACUCUCGUGUGGUUCUACUGUAAAUGUGGGGAGUUUCAUAUUGCUUCAAAAGUCCUUGAACAGAUACCUCUCAGAAGUGUUGUCUCAUGGACUGCAAUGAUUUCUGGUUAUGCAGGUCUUGGGCAUGAGCCUGAGGCUCUUGAGUUCUUGAAAGAAAUGAUGGAGGAAGGCGUGGAACCAAACGCAUUUACUUGUUCAUCAGCUUUGAAAGCUUGUGCUAAUCUCGAUGCUAUUCUGCAAGGAAAAUUGAUACACUCCUUUGCCAACAAGACACCAGCUUCAUCUAAUGUCUUUGUAGGUAGUGCAUUAAUUUAUAUGUAUUCCAAGUGUGGAUAUUUAUCAGAUGCAAUUCAAGUUUUUGACAGUAUGCCAGAGCGGAACUUGAUUUCUUGGAAAACAAUGAUUUUGGGUUAUGCAAGGAAUGGACGCUGCCGAGAGGCAUUGAAGCUCAUGUAUCGGAUGCAGGCAGAAGGUAUUGAGAUGGAUGAUUAUAUCUUCACUUCAGUCAUGGGAGCAUGUGGAGAUGUUGAGUGGAAUAUGGAACCUUCAUCCAAGCAUUGUUUACUGUCUUAGUUAAUCUGUAAUCCAUUAUAACUGUGUAAGUUCGCGUACAGCUGUCUAUAUCAGUAAUUCAUCCGCUGGCAACUACAUAUAUAAGAUAUCCAAAUCUGAUUUAUGGUGA